AUGGCUGCUACAAAUACUCCAAACAAUAAGAAACCAAAUAGAAGAAGUAGGAAGAAGAGAAGAACCCAAGAUUUCUCCUCAUCUGAAGAAUCUUCGUCUUCUUCGUCAUCAUCAGAAGCUGAAUCUGAUGCAGAAAUUGAAUUAGAUCAACCAUCGUUAAACAAUAACGACAAUAAUAAGAACAUAAACAUAGACGACAUAGAUAUCGAUUCAGAUAAUGAAACAUCAAACAAUAGAAGAAUACCCGAAAACUUGUCAAUACAACAAAAACAACAAUUACAAUCUGUUCCAUUUACAACAACACCAGUAUCUAAUUUUACCACUACUUCCAUAGCCACCACUAAGAAUAUUCCAAAUGCAAAUAAUAUAAAUAAUCAACUUGAUCAAACUAAAACAGAAUUAAAUAAUCGAUAUUUAAAAUUAAUGGCAAUGGAAUUUGAAAAUGAUUUAGAUGAAUUAAGAAAAAAACCUGAUUUUAAUGAAAAUUCUUUAGUAUUAUUAGCAAAAACUUUACAAUCAGGUGUAAAUAUGUUUGAUCCUGAUAGUUUAAAUGCAUUAUUGGGAUAA